UGCCUCAUAUUUCACUUAAAUUCUCCUAACUUUUGUAACAGCGGCCCAAUCAGCGAUUUUAUCCUGCAAACCAUCUGAAUUCCAUUAGGUUUAAAACCGAUGGAGAAGGACAAUGAAAUAACCCCCUGCUGGAUACCAUGAUGGAAGUCCCGAUGUGACUGUCAAGGACAUUAUUCAUGGUAAAAAGCAAAGAUAUAAGAUACAAAAAUGGGAACUUUAUCUUGGCCAACAGCUACUUUUAUAACUGUUGUUGCUACUGUGUACUUGGAAGCAAAAACCACUCAGCCAUCAAAGUACACUAAGAAAACGUAUAAUAUGGAGAUUGGGAAUGGCUUCGAGACAUCGCUUGCUCCACCAACAGAGGAGACAGCUUUUACAGAUUUUGUGGAAACAAGUGAUACCACUACUGAACUAGCAACUUUAAACGCAGAUUUCCGCACCGCCACGACACUUUUCCCAUUUGAUAAUUUUACCCUAGAGACGGCAGACUUCUUUUUUAACUGCUGCGAUUGCUGUACACCCAUGGCUGGGCCAAAAGGGGACCCAGGGGAUGUCGGACCUCCAGGUCCAAAAGGAGAUACUGGAGAUAUAGGUUCUCCUGGACCACAUGGACCUAUUGGCCAUACAGGAGCAAAAGGAUAUAAAGGAGACAAGGGAGAGAAGGGUGAACAUGGUGAGGAAGGAACUAGUGGAAGCCCCGGAAUCCCAGGCAAGGCAGGAGAAACAGGUGAGACUGGAGCAAAAGGUGAAAAAGGAAAUAUCGGACUGCCUGGCAUUAAAGGACAAAAAGGAAACAAGGGAGAUGUUUGUGAAAAUGGUACAAAGGGAGACAGAGGAGAGAAGGGAGAGCAGGGUUUUAUGGGGGUGGAUGGAGAAAAGGGAGACAAAGGUGAGAAGGGAGAUAUUGGGGAGAUAGGAAUUUCUGGGGAUAUUGGAGAGAAAGGAGACAGAGGAGAGAUUGGUGAAAAGGGAUUUAAAGGGGAUAAGGGUAUUAAAGGUGAUAUGGGGUUAAAUGGUAUCAAUGGUUUAGAAGGGGAAAAGGGUGAAAAGGGAGACCUAGGCAUGAAAGGUGAGAAAGGUGAGAUGGGGCUUCCAGGAUUAAUAGGUCCACCUGGGCCAAAGGGAAACUAUGGUAGCAAAGGAAUUAGGGGAACACCAGGAAAAAAGGGUUCUAGAGGUCCGAAAGGAUCUAAAGGAGAUUACCCUAAACCUGCAAGGUCAGCAUUCACUGUAGGUCUAUCAAGGCCUUUCCCAGCUCCAAACGCGCCUAUAAAAUUUGACAAAAUAUUGUACAAUGAUCAAGAAGAAUAUAACCCUUCGACAGGAAAGUUUAACUGUACAAUACCUGGAACUUAUGUGUUUGCAUUUCAUGUGACAGUACGAGGCCGCCCGGCUCGAAUCAGUAUUGUCGCCCAAAACAGGAAAAUGCUUAAAAGCCGCGAAACCCUGUACGGUCAGGAAAUAGACCAGGCAUCAGCCAUGUUGGUGUUAAAACUUAAUGCAGGGGACCAGGUUUGGAUGGAGGUUUCAAGGGAUUGGAAUGGGAUUUAUGUUAGUAAUGAGGAUGACAGCAUAUUUACUGGAUUUCUUUUAUAUCCAGACGACCCUGUUGAAACAGAGGUAGUGCAAUAAAGAAAAGGCUUUUUUAUAGUGAAUAGUUUCAGUGCCAUUUCAGUGCCACUUUAAUUAGAAUACCAGAAUAAUUAUUUUAUAAAGUAUAUGAAUAUUCAGUUAAUACAUAAAUUGAAGGUAAAUCAUGUAUGCGCAUCACUAGCAAAACGAUUGUGACUCAUUUAAAUCAACAUCAUUUUUGUUGAGUUAAUUCUUUAUUAGCUGCUAGACAGGUUUUAUUUAUUCACAAUAUUGUAAUAAUUUAAUGUUUGGCUGUAAUGGUCCUGUUUAAUAUUCAUCAUUUAUCUGAGCAGUUGUAGGUAUAAAAAUGAGGUGUAAUAAUUGCUCAAUUUAAUGUACAAUAAAGCACAUUAAUAAACA